AUGAACAAAUUCCCAUUUCGUCAGUUUUCUAGUUUGCCCAAUUCAAUUGCAAAAGAACCCACCUUUACAAACCCCACAACUUGUGGGAAAUUUGGAAAAAGGAAUUGGAAUCCACUUCCUAUUCCCCACAGAACAAUUCCUGAACCCAAAGGGCAGGACCUUGAUUUUGUGAAUGUUGCAAACAGCCAUCUAAUUCACUCUGACUGGGCUAAGCUCAAUUCCUUGUCCAAUGGUCUAACUGGUUUCAGAGUGAAACAUAUACUGCUAAAGAUUAAGCAGGACUAUGUUCUUUCCCUUGAGUUUUUCAAUUGGGUUGCAGCUCAAAACCCCACUUCACUUACCCUUGAAACACACUCCAUGAUUCUCCACAUUCUCACCAAAUACAGGAAGUUCAAGUCUGCAGAGUCUAUUUUGAGAAAGGUUCUUGUCUCGGGUUCGAUAGAUUUGCCUUCCAAGUUGUUUGAAGCAAUAUUGUAUUCGUACCGCUUGUGUGAUUCUUCUCCUCGUGUUUUCGAUUCUCUUUUCAAGACUUUUGCGCAUAUGAAGAAAUUUAGGAAUGCCACAAAUACAUUUUGUCAGAUGAAGGAUUAUGGAUUCUUCCCAACACUUGAGUCUUGCAAUGCAUAUCUUAGCUCAUUGCUUGAUUUACAUAGAGCUGAUAUUGCUUUGGUAUUCUAUAGAGAAAUGCAGCGUUGUAGGAUUUCACCGAAUGUUUAUACUCUUAAUAUGGUUAUAUCUGCUUAUUGUAAAUUGGGAAAAUUAGAGAACGCUGUUGAGGUCCUUGAGAAGAUGGACAGCAUGGGUUUUAGUCCUACAGUUGUAUCAUAUAACACGCUGAUUGCAGGACACUGUGAUAAGGGUCUUCUGAGUUCGGCUUUGAAGUUCAAAAACUUGAUGGCGAAGAAUGGAUUGCACCCGAGUGUGGUUACUUUUAACUCACUUAUUGAUGGGUUUUGCAAAGAAGGAAAACUAAAGGAAGCAAACAGAAUUUUUAGUGAGAUGAAAGCCGUGAAUGUUGCUCCUGAUACUGUAACUUACAAUACUUUGAUAAAAGGGUACAGCCAAGAAGGUAAUAGCGAGAUGGGCAAUAGGUUUUUUGAGGAGAUGUCAAGGAAUCAAGUAAAUGCUACUAUCGUGACUUAUAAUGCAUUGAUAUUGGGACUCUGCAGGGAGGGUAAAACAAAGAAAGCUGCACAUCUGGUUAAAGAACUUGAUAGAAAGCGCUUUGUCCCAAAUGCCUCAACCUUUUCUGCCCUUAUUGAGGGGCAGUGUGUGAGAAAGAACUCGGACCAUGCCUUCAAGUUAUGUAAAAGCAUGAUAAGGAGUGGUUAUCAUCCCGAUAAGCAUACUUUUAACAUGCUGAUAUCUAGCUUCUGCAAUAACAGGGAUUUUGAUGGAGCAGUUGAAGUCUUGAAAGAAAUGUUUGAGAGAUCUUUUGCUCUUGAUUCAAGCAUCUUAUCUGAUUUAUGUCUAGAACUAUGCAGAUGCAGGAACGAGAAAAUGGUAAAAUGGUUAUGCAGUGAGAUGGAAGUUAGACGCCUCAUCCCUCAAGGUUUUGACAUGGCAAAAAUUCUCUCCCCUGUAGUAGUGGAAGAAAACUGA